AUCUGUGGACUGAAAUGAAGUGAAACAAUUGAAAGAAAUAGACAUGUUAAAACGGAUAAUUAAUCCAUUUUAAUAAUUUAGCAGACAAUUAUUUUUACUGAAAGUGUGUUAAAUUGAUUAUUCACACAUGUGAGAGUAACAAUGAAGUGUUAUUGUAAAUGAAAAGCAAAGAAGAGUUGAAUUAUAGGUACCUUGUCAGUUAAAAAUAUAAGCAGUGAGCAUGUUAAAAAAUACAUUACCGAAGGAUAAACCGGGCAAGAUGAGGAUCAGGGCCUUUCCUAUGACAAUGGAUGAGAAGUAUGUGGAAAGUAUAUGGAGCUUACUAAAGAAUGCAAUACAGGAAAUACAGAAGAAAAAUAAUUCUGGACUAUCAUUUGAGGAGCUGUAUCGUAAUGCCUAUACUAUGGUCCUCCACAAGCAUGGGGAAAGGUUGUAUACAGGCCUGAAGGAGGUUGUAACUCAUCAUCUCGAAAAUAAGGUACGGGAAGAUGUAUUGCACUCCCUACACAAUGGGUUCUUGCAGACCUUGAACUAUGCCUGGACGGACCAUCAAACUAGUAUGGUAAUGAUCCGGGACAUACUUAUGUAUAUGGACAGGGUAUAUGUGCAGCAAAACGAUGUUGAUAAUGUUUACAAUCUUGGACUCAUCAUCUUCAGGGAUCAGGUGGUGCGGUACGGGUGCAUCCGCGACCACCUGCGGCAGACACUGCUGGAGCUGGUGGCGCGCGAGCGGCGCGGCGAGGUGGUGGACCGGCUGGCCAUCCGCAACGCCUGCCAGAUGCUCAUGGUGCUCGGCAUCAACUCGCGCGCCGUUUACGAGGAGGACUUCGAGAAGCCCUUCCUCCACCAGUCGGCAGAGUUUUAUAGAAUGGAAUCUCAAAAGUUUCUGGGCGAGAACAGCGCGGCGGUGUACAUAGCGCGCGUGGAGGCGCGCAUCGGCGAGGAGGCGGAAAUCUAUUGGACCUGA